GGCACCCUGGAACUUACCGGCCAGUUUUUGAAGACCUCGGCAAUUGAAAAGGAGUGCUAUAGACCGCUAACAAAUGAAGAGCAUCCCAGUCGCUACGAAGAGAGGGCGAGGGCGCUUAUACUCUGGUGUAUCGGAUCAUUUUUCUUCCCCGAUCAUAGGGGGAAUGGGGUCAUGUUGUACUGGAUGCAGCCCUUGCUCGAGAUCAAUGAGAUCAAGCAGUACAGCUGGGGUUCAGCUGUCCUGGCUGGGGUCUAUAGAGGGCUCACCUUGACCGCCAGAUCCGGGGAAAUCUGGAUCAAGAACUGUGUUCGAUUGAUUCAGGUUUGGGCAUGGGAACGUAUCCCUCGUAUUAGCCCAAAAAUGAGGGAUACCAACGUUGACAGAGUCCAGGGUUGUCCCUUAGGAGCAAGGUGGGUGGGACGGAGGAAUAUGAAACACAUCGGAAAGGGAACAACCGCUAUCCGAGAUCAAUUAACUUGGCUGACAGAGAAUGAU